AUGUCGGCAGAAGAACAGGUGGAACUGUCUAACUUCUCUAGCAUCUUCUCCUUGGAGGGGAAGGUCGCUGUGGUGACCGGCGGCUCGCGCGGACUGGGUUUGCAUGCUGCCUCUGGUCUCCUACAAGCCGGCUGCUCCAAAGUAUACAUCACAUCCCGCAAGAAGGACGCCUGCGAGGAAGCCGUCGCCGCACUCAACGCCUUGCCCACCAAGCGGCCGGGCGCACAAGCCAUCUCCGUGCCGGCCGAUAGCUCUCGGGUGGAGGAGCUGGAUCGCCUGGUGGCAGAGAUCAGCAAGACCACCGACCACGUGGAUAUCCUGUUCGCCAAUGCCGGUGCCACCUGGGGCGAGAAGUUCGAUACCCACCCCGAGAAGAUGUUCUCCAAGGUGAUGGAUCUGAACGUAAAGAGCAUUUUCUAUACCAUCCAAAAACUCGCCCCCCUUCUCACCGUCAAGGCCACCGUCGAUGACCCGGCCCGUGUGAUCAUCACCGCCUCCGUCGCAGGAAUCGGCAUCGGUGCAAUUGGCGAGCAUGCCACGCCCAGCUACUCAGCCUCCAAGGCUGCUGCGAUCCAUCUGGCCAAAAACCUGGCCGUCGAGCUGGGCCCUCGCCAUAUUCUCACCAACGCGAUUGCACCGGGUUUCUACCCAUCCAAGAUGGCGCUCGGCCUGAUUGAGGCCAAGGGGGGAAUCGAGCAUUUGGAAGAGUUCUCGCCGAACGGCCGACUGGGCCGACCCGAGGACAUCGCAGGUCUGGUGGUCUUUUUGGGUUCUCGGGCCUCGGGCCAUUUGAAUGGAGCUGUGAUCACGUCCGACGGAGGUGCGGUGUUGAAGGGGAGGCUUUAG